UGGCGUGGUUGUAGUGUUUGUGGAUUCCCGUGGAGUAUAGUGUGUUUGUAGUGUUGUAUCAAAGAGUAGAUUUGGAUUUACAGUUUAGACGGUAAAAUGACACAGCUGGACGGGGUCGUAAAACCCAAAACAAAACGAUCAAAGAGAUUUCUUCAAGGUAGAGAACCCAAACUUAAUGAAAAUAUAAAAAAAGCAAUGCUUAUUAAAGGCGGGAAUGCAAACCAGACAGUAACCCAGGCACUGAAAGACAUUUAUUCCUUAAAGAAACCCAAUGCAGUUAUGUACAAAAAGAAAAAUAUAACCAGGCCUUUUGAAGACCAAUCAAGCCUGGAAUUCUUUUCCAAGAAGUCAGACUGCUCUUUGUUUUUGUUUGGGUCCCAUAAUAAGAAAAGACCCAACAACCUUGUUUUUGGGCGGAUGUUUGAUUUCCAUGUGCUGGAUAUGAUUGAGUUGGGGAUUGAAAAGUUUGUGUCUUUGAAGGACAUCAAGAACAGUAAGAUCCCUGAAGGAACAAAACCAUUACUGAUCUUUGCAGGAGAUGCAUUUGAGACCGGUAACGAACACAAAAAGCUGAAGAAUCUCUUAAUCGAUUUUUUCCGUGGGCCUACAGUACCAUGUGUCCGCUUGGUCGGCCUUGAACAUGUUCUGCAUAUUACCGCGCUGGAAGGGAAGAUCUACCUUAGAAGCUACAAGGUUUUGCUGAAGAAGUCUGGGUGCAGGACCCCUAGGAUAGAGCUGGAAGAAAUAGGCCCCUCCUUUGAUUUCACAAUGCGUAGGAUACAUCUAGCAUCUGUUGAUCUCUACAAGACUGCACACAGGCAGCCCAAAGCUCUUAAGCCAAAGGAGAAGAAGAACAUUUCCCACGAUGUCUUUGGCAUGAAGUAUGGGCGUCUCCACAUGCAGAAGCAGGAUCUUUUCAAAUUGCACACCCGCAAAAUGAAGGGGCUAAAAAGGAAAGCAGAAAAAGCGGAGGGAGAGGAAACAGAAGCGGAAGCAAGCACUGCAAAGGCGGCAAAGAAUCAGUGAUUGAAAUGCUCGCUGCAGCCUUGGAUGGUGGUUUUGUCAUUUGCCUGCUGCGUAGAGCAGGUGACCAAAUUACUGUUUUUUUUUUGUUGUUGUAGCUGUUUCAGAAACGUCCACAAUCUUUCGGUGUGCCACUUUUUAAAACAAUUUGUAUGUGGUACUAAACAUCUGACAUCUACACAGGGUUUGGGCUUCUACAUUGCAGGCAGUUGCUUAAUCGGUGGUGGGGGGGGGGGUUGUGUUCCACAUGUAACCCAAUCACUUGCCACAAGUAUGUACCUUGUUAUGAAUCUAAAGUCUGUAUACAUGUAUCAGUGUUAGAGUAUUCAACAGCUGGUGUUUUUUUCUUUGUAAAAGGUACAUUGGAAACUGAUAUGUUUGCAUUUCUCCAGGUUCUGCAAGUAAAAUCAUUUAAAGUAAACCUGGGCCUGCAUCAGGUUGUAAGCUCCCCCUGCUGGGAAAAGGGCCCUCUUUGUUGCUGUACACAGUGCUUAGCAGUUUAACAACAGUAGGUGGUGCAAGAUGUUCAAGGACAUGUAAACAUGCAAACAGUUGAAAACGAUGGAAUGCAUGCAUACUGCAAAUGUACAUUCACACUUUACAUCUUUGGCUCAAGGAAGUUUGCAAGCCAAAGCGAACUAAUGUAACUCAGGUAGUUGAUCUACAUUUCAGCAUGCCUUAUUUUGUAUUUGUGGAAGAUAUUAUUGCAUAGUAGUAGUUCUAGUAUAGAUAAAGUUUCUUACUAUGUUCUAGUGGUAAUGGUCAGGGUUGUUAAUGUGCUGGUUUACAUUGUUAAGUUAAAUAAAUAAAUAAAGCACUUUAAAGAGA